CUAGGCCAGGCUCGGCCAGGCUCGGCCAGGCUAGGCCAUGGCGCCGCACUUCCGACAGCGGCGCUCGGUGCUGCUCAACGCCUCUGGCGGCUCCGGCCGCGGCAAGGGGCGGGGGCUGCUGACGCCGUGCCUCGUGGGGUUCUGCACGGUGCUGGCCGUGGUGACGGCCUGCUUGCUCGCGACGCUGCUGCUGCUGCACCACCAGUUGAAGCUGUUCCCCGACGAGCGCCCCGGGCUGGUGGACCUGGGCAAGGACCUCGACGAGCAGCUCCGCGCGGUGGAGGGCCACGAGAUGUGGGCCAUGGAGCGCGUCCGCGCUGGACUCAACGUGACGGGGGCCUCGUUGGAGGAGAAGGUGGCUUGGCUGCUUCGGCAUGGCCAGCGCCUCAGGGCGGCCAGGAUCAUCUUGGACUAUGAACGCGCCGUGGCUGCUAACGCCUCAGUCGCCGAGGCCUCCACCGCCGCGCCGAGCACUUCGCCGACGGCCGCCGCGGCGCCAGCCCCCACGGACACCACCUCCACGACGGCCUGGUCGACGAGCGCCCCGACCGCGCCGCCAGAACGCUCGCCCAACGCAGAGCCUCUUGAGGAGACGGAGAUCAUCUCGGACCCGCUCCGGCCGCUGGAAGUGGAGGCGGUGGUGCUGAGCCCCGCCAAGUCCGAGGCCGGCGUCGAGGCGUGGCGCCGCGUGCCGCGCCUGGCCGAGGACGUGCUGCCCGACCGCUACGACUUGGUGCUGCAGCCCGACCUCAAGGCGGGCACGCUGUCCGGCAAAGUGAGCAUCACGAUGAGGGUGCUGGCGCCGCGCAGGGACGUCUGGCUGCACGCGCUCCACAUGUACAUCAACGAGGUGACCCUGGCUUUGGUGCGCCCCAACGCCACCGCCGAGGCCGAGGCUGCCCAGGCUGUCCAGGCUGCCCAGGCUGCCCAGCCCUCCGAGACCCCAGGGACGGGACCGGACUGGUGCUCGCGCGCGCCCGGCGGCCUCAAAGUGAACGAGACGGUGUUGUGGGCGGCCACCCAGUUCCUGGUGGUCCGCCUCGACUGCCUGCUGGUGCCGGGCGUCUACGACCUGCACAUUUCCUUCACCGGCUCACUGCUGACGGAGGGCCGUGGCCUGUUUCGCUUCGCGUACAAGUCCACCGACAACACGACCAGAUACAUUGCCACUACCAAGUUUGAGCCGACGUAUGCUCGCCUGGCAUUCCCUUGCUUCGACGAGCCCGCCAUGAAGGCGUCCUACAAGGUGCGGCUUGUGAAGCCGGCAUCGCAAGAGUACAUUGCGCUCUCAAACAGCGAUGUCCUGGGGCAAGUCACUGAUACUGCCACUAAUUUAACUACAGUGGAGUUUACAGAAACUGUGAAAAUGUCAUCAUAUCUUGCCGCUUUCAUAGUGUGUGAUUUUGAAAAAGACCAAGAAAACAAGACCAUGUCAUCAGGAAAACCUGUCAAUAUAUAUGCCCGUCAUGAACAAAUUGAUAAUACUAAGGAGGCCUUGAAUGUCGCCUAUUAUGCUGUCAAUUUUUAUGCCGACUAUUUUAAAAUCCCAUAUCCUAUGCCAAAAGUUGAUUUAAUUGCAAUUCCUGACUUUGUAUCUGGUGCCAUGGAAAAUUGGGGACUCAUAACAUUCCGUGAAACAUCUGUUCUUUUCGACCCCGUUGAAAACUCUAAGGGAAAUCAAGAAGCCAUUUCAGAGACAGUUGCUCAUGAACUCGCUCACAUGUGGUUUGGAAAUCUAGUGACAAUGAAGUGGUGGACUGACUUGUGGUUAAAUGAAGGCUUUGCCACAUUCAUGGCACAGAAAUCUCUGAGCCACAUGCACCCUGAUUGGGAUUAUAACAAUCAGUUUAUUGUUGAUACUAUGUUAUCAAUUCUUAAACUUGACUCUGAACUCAGUUCUCAUCCAGUUCUUCAAGAGGUAUCCAGUCCUGAUCAAAUAACAGAGAUUUUUGAUACAAUUUCUUAUGACAAGGGCUCAUCUGUCAUAGUAAUGUUGGAAGCUUUUAUGGGAGAGGACAAAUUUGCCAAGGGAUUGCACACAUACCUUAAUACGCAUCAGUACAGAAAUGCUGAGACUGCUGAUCUUUGGCGGUCUCUGCAAGACUAUGCCCCACCAAAUGUAGAUGUUGCCAAGGUAAUGGACACAUGGACAAGGCAAAUGGGCUUCCCAGUUGUGACUGUUACCACCACUGGUCCGGGAAAAUAUGUCCUCUCACAAAAGCGUUUCCUAUCUAAUCCAGAGGCAACAUACGAUCCAUCAACGUCUAAAUAUGGAUACAAGUGGGAAAUUCCAAUCUUCAUUGCAACAUCUGUCAGCAAGUCAUAUGAGUUGUACUGGCUGGAUUCAACACAAGAAAAACUUGACAUUACAGUUGAAUCUUCAGUGCAAUGGAUAAAAAUCAAUCACCAUCAAACCAGCUACUUCCGUACUAAUUAUGAUGAUGCUGGGUGGUCUGCUCUUAUUGGUGCUCUUACUCAAGAUGCAACACAAAUAGAUGCAAUUGACCGUGCUGGCUUGAUAAGUGAUGCCUUCAGUUUGGCUGAUGCCCAACAAAUCACUUAUGGAAGAGCCCUUGACUUGACGAAGUAUCUUGUUAACGAAAAAGAGCUAGUUCCGUGGGAUGCUGCAGGCACGGCCAUUGCAACUUUACUCCAGCGUCUUCCACAGUCUGAACCUUUAAAGAAAUAUGCUAUAAGUCUGCUUAAACCUAUUGUAUCAAGUCUCACUUGGUCUGCUGGUGCAAGUGAUGGUCAUUUAACAAGGCGCUUGAGGACUCUUGUUCUUGAAUUGGUCUGCUCCCUCGAUGAUGCACAGGCGUUGAGUCAAGCAAACAGUCUCUUCAGCAGCUGGCUGAAUGGGGGUCCCAAACCAGAUCCUGACAUUCGUUCUGUAGUAUACAGAUACGGUUUGGGCGCAUCAGACAAUGUAGACCAAUGGAAUAAUCUGUUUGAAACAAAAUUCAAGAAAGAAACAAACACCCAAGAAAGAGCCAAGUUAAUGGCAGCCUUGGCAGCUACUCCUAAUGUAGAGAGCCUUAAGAAGUAUUUAGAUAUUGCCAAGGAUGAAAGUAUUAUAAGAUCUCAAGAUUAUUUCACAGUUUUGGGAUACAUUGCCAACAAUCCCAAGGGUGAACAGCUGGUGUGGGAUUUCUACAGAGACCAGUACGACUACCUUCUGAAAAGGUUUACUCUCAAUGACCGUACUUUUGGACGUUUUAUUGUUAGAGUUACCGGCAAAUUUGACACUGAGACAAGACUGACAGAGUUAAAAAGUUUCUUCGAACAGCACCCUGAUGCAGGUGCAGGUACUGCUGCCAGAAAGCAAGCACUUGAGGGUGUAGAAAACAGAAUCAAAUGGCUUGCAACUCACAAAAAAGCUGUUGAAGACUGGCUGGGGCAGAAUGCAUAGCUAGAUCAAAGACUGUGAGUGUCAAACCUAAUUGUUUAUCACUUUGGACAUGUGUUUGUGAUCCGUUUCCAUUUUAACAAAGUGUGCCAAAAUCAAUAUGUCGCAUGAGUAGGUAUUUUAAUUAUGCAGGGAAGAAUUGUUUGAAUCAAUUUACAAACAACUUCAGUUGUAUCUUGCCUUUAAGAAGUCUGAUUAAGUAAACUGUUUGUUUAAUAUUAUUUCUGAAAUACAAUGUUUAAGAUAAAGUA